CCAAGUGUGAUUCCGGUGACACAUACUCUAGCAAGUGACUUGAGUGAUCUGUGAGCAGCUAGCUGGCCAGUGAGCGGCGACGAUGAGGGCACCUGCCUUCUCGCUGUGCUUGCUCUUGGCCCUCGUCGCGGCAAAUGUUUCUAGCCUCGCCCUCGCUGGGCGGGUGCCGGAGCUGAAACUUGAGCCCAGCCUGGAGCCGAAGCCUACGCCACAGCCUGACCCCAAACCAGACCCGCGGACCGAGCCUAAACUCGCGCCGAAACCUGACCCGACACCCAAGCCCGACCCUAAACUACCGCCAAAACCAGACCCACAGCCAGACCCUAAACCGGCGCCAAAAUCUGACCCAACGCCCAAGCCCGACCCUAAACCGGCGCCGAAACCUGACCCAGCACCCAAGCCCGACCCCAGACCCGACCCGCAGCCCGACCCUAAACCGGUGCCGAAGCCCGAUCCCAAGCCCACGCCCGGCCCAAAGCCCGCUCCGGGCCCUGGCCCGAAGCCGGAUCCGAAACCCCAGCCGCCGGAACAGUCAUCCUCGCAGCCAAAGCAGCCGCCACGUUCGCCGCCAGGCUACUUCAACUGAUGGGAGAGAGGCCCCUCAGCAGCCGCUUGGUAAUGAAGAGUUAGCCUGCUUGCAUUUGCGUGGGUCUUGGUGCUAAAUUUGUCUCCGGUAAUGGUUACUCCUACACAAUGUACGUCUCUCUACGUAUUGCAUGGGAGUACGUAGUAUGUAUUGCAUGUGUUCCCUCCGUCUAUGUACGUCUUAUCUCCAGUUUGUACGUGUGAGCCAUCUUUGCGUCAGUGUAUCUCCCGUGUGAUGUACCAUGAAUAAACAGAGGAAGAUGCAUCAUGCAUGUAUCUCAACGUACAUUUGUUUCA